UACUGCGAAUUGGAAUUGUUGGACAUCAAUAUUGUAGAUUUGGAGGAGAAGUACAAGUCAAGAAUACAUCGUUCAUUCUCGUUUAUUUAUUUUUGAUCAUCUCAGUCUUUAUGGAUGGUUUUAUAAUCUGAAAAUGAUCAGUUGCGAUGAAUUUUUUGGUUUUUUGACAAAACUGCAGAAUUCAAAACGUUCUUCCGACAUAAUUAACUUUUGCAAACUACUAAGUAUUGUUGGACCAAAUUUGGCUUCGUCGAAUGCCAAGAAACUUAAAGAGAGUGUACGUUUCCUUGAGUCUCAAUACUCCAAUCCCGACAUGACGGUAGUUUUUACUAUUAUGGAUUUUAUUGACGUCUACAAAUCUAAUUUCUCGUCGGAAAUUCGAGUUAAAGACGACGCUUGCAUUGCUGAAAUCAAUCGAUCUAGAUUAAUUUAUUCUUCUGGGAAUAAAUCGAUCAAUUCAAAGGAAAUUUCAAGAAAUAUGAAAACAGAUGCUGAUAACUUCCAGGUGGUUGGAAAAGGCAAUAUCAAUUACGAUGUGCUCAUUUAUUGUUAUAUCAUAGGCUAA